GAUGUGUGUUUACUCUUUGUUGACAGUUAAGCAAGGAAAAUCAUAAAAUGGAAAAAUGCUGUCGUAAAAAUGCUCGUUCCAAGUUCGAUUAGCGUUUUUAUUGAAGUGUUUUAAGCCCUAAAUGUCUUAAAUUCAUGAAAAAAGUUGUUUUUGCCAAGUCAAUCGAUCAAUAAUUUAUGUGGAUGGAUUGUGGCUAAGAGGAAGGACACGAAGCUAUGACGUCUAAAAUUAAUGGUGGUGCACAGCCACAAACUAAAAAAUGGCAAAUGGAGUUGUUGAUGGAACGGAUCCGCUCCAAGUCCACUCAACACAAGACGUUCCAAGAGAUUUCCAGAAAUCUUCGAAUUUCCAUGCUGGGUAAACAAUACGCUUUGGACGCGGUCGAGAAGUCAAAUUUACAGAAAUGUCUGGACAGUAUGCAGCACUGCAUUAAGGUGACUACCAGACAAGGUCUUGUUGAGCGAUUGGAAAGUUUGUCGCGACAGUUGGGAUUGAAAUUCACAGACGACACGUCGGUGCUAUUCAUUUCGUCGGACAUGUUUUAUUUGGAAAUUAAAUUGGAUGCGAAUGGGACCGUUGUGGAUGUGAAGGUGCAUCACGAAUGCAAAAUUGAGCAACCAUGCACCGAACUGAUAAAUUGUCUGGUCAAAGGCGAUUUUGCCGAUUUUACCACACAACUGGAAGGUCUGAGCUCUAUCUACCAAUUGAACGCAGAAGUUAAAAUAAAAAGCAAGGCGUUUGUCGCGUUGCAGGCGCUAGAAACCGAUCUGGUCACACUGUCCAAGCAACAGUUUUCGAUGCAAUACUUCAAGGACCCCAGUUCGCUUCUAUUGCAAUGCGAUGUGGGCAUAAUGCAAGCACGCAAAGGUGGCCAUCCGACCAAGCUCACCUAUUUCGUGUCGCCGUACGAACUGCUCGAUCUGGAGUCGAAGACUAUGUCCCGACUGACGGUCGAUUUAAUCAGCUCAAAAUCGAUCGGAUUUAGUGUCACAGUGCUUUUGGAAGGAUCAGCAGCACACAAACUACAAAUUCAACCGUUGAUAACGGCCACAACCGAUCAAAACGGUCGAGUUUCAUGCACUUCACAACCGUUGGGACCGGUAAAUUCAAUCAUGUUGCCGGCCAAUUUCGUUCUGAAAUUGAACAAACCGAUGCCGUUAGCCGUGUCGAUCAUUCAGAAAAUCCAACAAGCCACUGACAUUCCGUUCGGCGAUUUGAACACAGCGAUGCCCAUUCUGUCGCUAAUUACGCAACAAAAUUCGGAUGGACAAUUUACCAGCGCUACGAAGGGAUUGUUCGUCUCGUUGCCCGAUCAGAAUCAUUGCUAUUUCUUGACCGAAAAUGCCAAUUUGCAGGGAGUCGUUGUGUCGAGUGUUCCGUUCACUGAGCCGUCACAAGUUCCAUUGAUCAUCAAACUGUUACGCAAACAGGCACUGUUCAAUACGCUGAUUUCGAGCUGCAUACGCGUGUCGAACAACAAGCAAGACAUUGAAAAUACAACAAUGUUCGAGGUGAGCGCCCUAUCGUAUCAGCACGUCUCCAUAGCCUUGGAACAUCCGUUCGAAGAAUCAAUGGCAACCGUCGAAUUCAACAUGAACGACAAUUCGGAAAUCGAAUGCAAAAUCUAUUCGAUCAACGUCAGCUACGAAACCAUUGCGCUGAAACUGUCCAAAAUACUGGAGAAGUGUAUGUCCAUUCCAAUCACAUUGCGAGCGUUGAUCAAGUGUUGGGAACAGGAGAAAAAUGCGCAACGCAACCUGGACAACGGCAAUUUUAACACGCCUUCCGGACCGAACGAUGCGACGGGCCGAAACGAAGAUUUUCGGGAUAUGAAGUCGAAGAACGACCGUAGCGGAAUAAAUGGAAGUGGCAUAUUCCCUUCCGGAGGCAGUAGCAAUACGAACGGUGGUACUGGUGGCUUUUCGGAACACACAAUGUUUUCCGGAGGCAACAGCGAUUCCAUAUUACAUCACGAGCCGCCGUACAGUGACGGUGACAUGUCAAAGAGACAAAGAACGGAGGAUUUUUGGAAGAACCCAAAGAGCGAAAUUUUAAGUAGCGAUAUGUUGGAACAUCAAUCGAGCGACAGUAGCGACUCCAACUCUUUGGGUACAACGUCUGCAAUGUCAGAGGCUGGAGUUGCUACACCUAGUUCCAAUGCAAGCUUUGCUACAGAAAGUGGGAGCGAUCCCAUUAGUAUCGAGAAUGCUACAUCUGAUUCGCAAAAGGCCUGCCUUGACGAUGAUGCAUCGGAAAUGCGAGAUCUGAUUGACUCCGAUAAACGAAAAUUGAAAAAAGCGGCCAAAGACUCAAGGUCCGAUGGGCAAGGUGACGAGAACAAGGGAAAUUUGCCACCGUCGGUGAGCAUAACGCCGAUCACGACCACUUCAGGUUUCAAUUCAGUGUUAACGGGUCUGGAACGUAGGCUUGGAAUCGAAAUAAUUCCAAUUUCAUCAACGCCUCCGCCGAAUAUCAAGUCGUCCAUCACAAUAACUCCGAUAAGUUCAACGAAAGGUGGCUCCGGAGAAAAGCCAGCUGCCAAUGUUAGUAAGCGAUCAGAUGACCGGGCAAAGGUUGACAAGAAAAAGAAACGAAAAAGGGACGACAGCCCAAUGGGUCCACCAGAAAAAAUGCCUUUCAAGCAAGAUCCACUUUCGAGACCGGUUAGUGUUAGUAUUAAGACCACUGAUGGCGCUCCACUAUCGCCGUCGGGUUUGCUGCGUAAAUUUUCCAGUUCUCCGGUUCCGGGGAAAAAUUCUGCUUCUGGUGGUGGCGGUAGUAAACCGAGUCCAAAACACUCGCCUGCACAUCACAGUAGUCCGAAACAUCAAGAUUUGUCGAGCCCGAAGAAUCAUCAAUACGGAACAUCAUCACCGAAGCAUCCAGCUUCUGGCGGUUCCGGAAAGCCGAGUAUGUCGGCAUUAAAAUCGGCCGCUAAUUCUCCGAAUUCUAAAACUGACAAGACAUCCUCGAAAUUGACAUCGAACCGUGAUGGUGCAGCUCGCGAAAAAGAACGAUCUCAGAAAUCAUCGUCGGCCAACAGUCCAAAACUUAUAAAAUCUUCGGUGAAAUUGAAACAAAUUGACCUGACUUCUGCACUGCUACCAUCAUCGGAUGCUCUAUUAGACGCGUCUUCAUCGAGUCAGGAUUCAAAUAAAUCAUCGGGCAAUCCAGCCAAAAUCAGAAAAGGCUCUCUAAGUGCAGUGAUCGACAAAUUAAAAUCGGCCCAGCAUAUUCCCGCCGAUGAGCUGAUGGCUCAAUCCAAAUCCACGCCAACUUCGUUGAGUAAUUCAUUUCCGAGUGGAGCCAAUUCGAUCAGCAAUGCGAAGGAAAAGACGAAUUUCGUACAGUCCAACGUCAGCAGUUCCGGCAAUAGCAGCGAAUACAUGGUAAAACCCAGCUCGGACGGCAUAAAACUCACGAUCAACAAAACGCGAACAAAGGACUCGUCAUCACCAUCACACAGCACAUCAUCGUCGUCUUCUAGACAUUCACCCGGUUCGAAUAGCGGUUCAAAUUCACCGAAAACUGGUCUUAAACCCGGUGUCAACUCGGGACCGGCAUCGAAAAAGCCACAAAAUCAAUCGUCUUUGGCUCAAAAUAAUAAUAAAAUUGCGACUGGAACAAAUGCAACCGUUGCCAAGCCGGGUUUUCAGCGAUCAAGCUCGUCGGGAAAUUUGAACUCUUGCAAAUCGUCUUCGUCGAGCAUAACGAAGGGAUCGGGUUCGAGUAGCCAAGACUCGUUUUCAAAAAAGGACAAAGCUCGACCACACUCUAAAGGCACUGGUGAUCGUCAGAAUGUUCCAAUGGAUGUGAUGAAAAUGUUAAAUUUCGGAUCGGUGACCCCGAUUGACGGCCUAGCAAAACCAUUCGACACGAAAUUUCAAAUUCCCAAGCUGUCGGCUCAAAAGAAAGAUCAAACACAUCUCAAUUCUACAGCACCAUCAUCGUCAAGCAUUCAAUUGUCCAGUCUAAUGUCGUCGCAAACGCAAAGUGGAUGCACAUCGUUGACACCAAACAGCGGCGGAAAUGCUUCGAAAAUGUUGUCGGACUUCUUUUCGGGUAAAGACAAGUAUCCGUACUCGCUUAGCAAAUACUCGGCCGAUCUGGCCAAUGUAAAUCAAAUGAAUUUACCGUAUCCGUUGACCAAUCUGAAAAUGGGCAUACGUUCGUCCACCUCACCCAAAUACCUGUCCGAUAUGCAUACGAACAAAGAAAUGAAUUUAUUCAAAUCGUCCUCCUCCGAUUCGGUAUCGAGUGUACCGAAAGACUUCCGCGACAAACAAUUUUCCACCUCCAAUCCAUCAACUCCCACCAAUACCAUCGCUCCACCAUUUCCAUCGCCCGGCAUUCAUCAUCGUUCGCUGGAAAAUUCCCCGUCCCAUCCGUCAUCAGAAUCACCAAAAUUGGGCAAUUUCCCAAUCAAUCAAUCGAUGCGUCCUCCAUCUGCACCGCCAAACGUCUCCUCCACUCACGAUUCAAUCAAACCGAGUGAAAAUGCGUUGGACUUUUCCAGUCCGAAGUCCGAACAAAUAAAAUUACUGGAACAACGGACAUGCAUGCAAACGCUUCCCAUACACAAGAGCAAUGCACCGUCGGUACAGUUGCACAUUGUUAAGUCUCCGGUUCCAUCGCCAAUGGUUCCGCAUUCGUCAUCACCUUGUAUCGAUGAUGAAUUGAUGGACGAGGCGUCCUUGGUCGGCAUUGGCAGCAAAUGACGCAAAAGUUUCGUUUUGUUUACGAUAUUUGAGUUGGUAGUUGGAAAUGGUUGAGAUUAAUUUCGUUCAGUCGUUCACCUCUGACACACCGCCCGUCCCUUUAAAGUUAAAUAUUUUUAUGCAAACAAGGAGAUGCAAUGGGAAGGGAUGUUAUGCCAGUUUCAGCAAUGGAAAAUCCAUUGAACCGAAUUGUGUCUUUGCAGCACCAAACUUAGUCUCCGGAGCAAAGCUCUGUAUCUAAUCGGCGCGCACGAUUUAGCCGGACAACUUCAGCAACUUUUAUGAGUACUCAAAAUUUCUAUUUCAGUUAUCACGACGUUUUGCAACGUAUCAUCUAACGACGACUCUCUUGAUUUCGCUUCACA